CCUUCAAGUAUUCUACAAGCUUACAAUCUUAAUUAAUUAAGACAUUUCACAGAACAACCAAGAAGAUGUCGUCGAGCCAGCAGUUGAGCCACAGCGCCGGAGAAGUCACCGGUCAAGUUCAGCUGAAGAAGGAAGAGUACUUGAACAAUGUAUCACACGCAAUGAACCAGAAUGCUGAUCAUCACACCCACUCACAGUCACAGUUACACUCAGAGCAUGAUCAGAACAAUCCUUCCCUAAUUUCUCAAGCCUCUAGUGUCAUCCAACAGACGGGUGGACAAGUGAAGAACAUGGCACAAGGAGCAGCCGAUGCUGUGAAGAACACUCUCGGGAUGAGUCCGGCUACCAACAGCCCUAGCAGCCCGGCUGGCACGACCCGCUCGAACAAGCCCGGUUCCAAGAUUAUCUAAAAAGGAGUUAUUUAAGAAAUAUUGGCUCAAUCUUUUCCAAUAAAACAAAAAUGAAUAUUGUUUUCUGAUUGCUUUGGUUGUUCAAAUUUCUGAAUUUUGUGGUAUAGUACUGUAUGUUGGAGACAUUUCUACGUGUCUUAUAUAACCCCUAGUAAGGGUUUUUAUAUAAUAAAUUAGUCAUAUACAAUAAGAUUAUUGAUUUCUUAUAUAAGGAAAACAAAUUAAAUCUCAAAUAUGUACGUAUGAAUUGUCGAUCACAAGGUGUUGUGGUUUUAGAAGAAUGAAGAAAUCUCUUAUACAAAGAUUAAAAUAUUAUUAAA